ACUGAGCCAAUCUGGUGGCCCCUCUUUAAUCAGCUGAUCCUGGGUCUGAGAGGAGUCGUGUUGCACUGACGGACCAGUGGAGGCGGAACUGGACCUGAGCUACACCCAACACUGCGCACACUUUCCCAUCUGCAGCCUGGGAGCAACACGACAAACAAACAACAACAAAAUAAAAAGGAGUAAGAGAGAGACGUCGUGUCAUGAUGGAAGACGAAGGAGCAGUCGUGGAAGAAGUAGGCGCCAGUCUGGCUCAGAGUCCUCUGGUCGCCGUCACCUUCCAGAAAAACGCCCACAGGAAAGAGAAGUUCCUGGAGGCGGAGCCCAAAGCUCUGGGGAUCACCCAGAUCUGCCUGAGUCUGUACAACAUCACCGGUGCCGUUGUGCUGCAGACUAAAGGCCUGGGCCACAUAGCAUUGGACAUACCUUACUUUAUAUUGUCUCUGUUGGUGCUAAUAGCCGGGGCCGUGGCGAUAUCAGCGCAGAACCUCCAUCUAUCAACGCUCAGGGCCUGCUUGGGGAUGGAGAUCUUGGCGAGCGGCGCCUCUAUCAUCAACUUUGCCUUCACUGUGGUUAAAAUGGGGGACAUGUACUACUACUGCUGGCACUACGAGACUGGCAACAACACCGAGUAUUACCGGAGGAUCUGCGAAGAGGUUCAGGCCACCCAGUCCCACUUUCAUGCCGGGGGGAUGCUGGUCCAGGUCACCCUGCUGGCCCUCUCCAUCACUCUGGCUUCCUACUGCUGCAAAGUCAUCAACUGUUGUGGGCCAGCUCCUAACGUGCCAGUGAUCAUGAUACAGACCCCCCCUCCCCAACAGUCCGGCACAGAAGAAUGAUGAACCUCUGCGAGCGAAGGUUACGAAGUUAAACCUGCAUUAAUCAAUCUGCCUUUUGUUUGUUUUAUCAAUGGAUCCAAUAAUUACUACAUGUAAUGUGAAAGAGGGUGAACCCAUAACACUCUCUAGUAUCUACUGAGCUUUUUAGGGUUAGAUUAGGGGUUAGGGUUGACUUUUAUCUUAUUGCUGUGCUUUACUGUGUCAACCCCAGUUACACCUGCUUCAUUUCAUUAUUAUUGUUGUCUCAGGAGUAAAAUUAAACUAAACCAGGCUCACGUCUAAUGUUCGCUAACUAAUUCUGUGACGUAGGGCCAUGCCUCUCUUUACAGCUCGUUCUGCUGCAAAGUGUCAACGAACAUGAGUUAAAAUAAGCAUUUCCAAAAUGCUCCUGCCAAUUAAUGAGGUCCCAUACAUUGACACAUGGGUCAAUUUGGAAGCUGGAACAAAGUGCUGCGGGUAAAAACACUAAUGAAAAGUCAUCCAUGUUUCAGGUCAUUUGGAGUUGAGUGGUACAAAUUUUGGAUGACAUUUUUUUGAGUCUCGUACUUGGACACUGAAAAAUUUUGACCAAUUUUAAAGUUGGAAUCAAAAUAUGUCAGGGCCCUUUGUGGGCGUUCUUUAAGAGCAAGAGACCCCUAAUUAAAUGUGAAUUUGUACAUACUUUAACACUUCGAACAUUUUUCAAAAAUUCGAAGAUUCCAAAUUUCAAUUUAGGCGCCACCAGGUGGAUGAUAAUAUAUUGCAUGUCGUCGAAUCGGGAUCAAAACCAUAUCAAAAUAAUCAGCGAGACGAGGCAAAUCCUGGUGGUACUAAUGAAAACACCAUAAUCCAAAAAUUGCAUAAUUAGAAUGGAAGUGAUCACCGUCAGAUAUACCCUUAUACUCACUAAUACCAGUUGUUGUUUUUUUUUGUUUGUUUGUUUUUUUCAGCUAAUCCGCUACAGCACACACAAAAAAAGUGAGGUACUAACUGUCUAUACAUAACUUAAGCUUUAAUCCUUCAACCAUAUUAGCAAAGAUCAAGGAAACAUUCUCAGGUCUAAUCCUUGUCGAAUGUUGUCUACAACAUAACUACUUUAUUAGAUACCAUGAGGAAGAAGAGGAAGAAGAAGAGUGAACAAUUAGCUUAGAUUUUUGCCUAAAAGCUAUAGCCAUAAUUUGUCCACCAAGGGUUGAUACGUUUUAGUGAAAGUUGCGGACAUAACACAAAUCAAACCACAGGUGGCAGCACUGCGCAGAAAGACAGUAUUAUAUUAUAUAUAACAAUAUGACAUAUAACAAUCCUUUUAAACUACCCACACUGAGCCAGAAGUUGGGAUUAGCUAGCGCACACUAAUAAAUGAAAGGUUUUUACAUUUGCCUUUUGUACGUACGAAAACCAUAUGAGAAAAAGAAAGUCAAAAGCUGUUACUAAUCCUUCAUUGUUUCUUUGUUACUGUCACUAAAAAGUUUGGAUAAUAAAACAUUGAUAAACACUA